AUGACGGCUGGGCCCAAGAUGCGCGCCGGCGCCGCCACCGCGGUGCUGGCGCUGGCGCUGCUCGCCGUGGCGGUGCGCGCCGAGGACCCCUACCUCUUCUUCGACUGGAAGGUGGCGUACGGGACCAAGUCCCCCAUGGGCACGCCCCAGAAGAUGAUCCUCAUCAACGGCGAGUUCCCCGGCCCCACCAUCAACUGCACCUCCAACAAUAACAUCAUCGUCAACGUCUUCAACGAGAUCGACCAGCCGCUCCUCUUCACCUGGUACGCCUUGCGUUUCUUUCUAUUCUGUUAUGUUGUUACUGGUAAAAUGGAAGUAGGAUCAUUCUGCAUUGCGUACUACUACGUGUGCAUGCAUGCAUGCAGGCACGGGAUCCAGCAGAGGAAGGCCUCGUGGCAGGACGGCAUGCCGGGCGACAUGUGCCCCAUCCUGCCGGGCACCAACUUCACCUACAAGAUGCAGUUCAAGGACCAGAUCGGCACCUUCUUCUACUACCCCAGCAUCGGCAUGCAGCGCGCCGCCGGAGCCUACGGGCUCAUCAGCAUUCACAGCCGCCCGCUCAUCCCGGUGCCCUUCGACCCGCCGGCCGACGACUUCGGCGUCCUCGUCGGCGACUGGUACACCAAGGACCACACCGUGCUGGCCAAGAACCUCGACACCGGCAAGGGCAUCGGCCGCCCCGCGGGGCUCCUCAUCAACGGCAAGAACGAGAAGGACGCCUCCAACCCGCCCAUGUUCAACGUGGAGGCCGGCAAGACGUACCGCUUCCGCGUCUGCAACGUGGGCAUCAAGACCACCCUCAACGUGCGCAUCCAGGGCCACGUCCUCAAGCUGGUCGAGAUGGAGGGCUCCCACACCGUGCAGAACGAGUACGACUCAAUGGACGUCCACAUCGGCCAGUGCCUCUCCUUCCUCAGCACCGCCAACCAGAAGCCCGGGGACUACUUCUUCAUCGCCUCCACCCGCUUCAUCAAGGGGGUCAGCACCAUCACUGCCGUGAUGCGCUACAAGGGGUCCAACACCCCGCCGGCGGCCAAGCUGCCCGACGCGCCGGACGGAUGGGCCUGGUCCAUCAACCAGUGGAGGUCCUUCCGCUGGAACCUGACGGCCAGCGCCGCCAGGCCCAACCCGCAGGGGUCCUACCACUACGGGCAGAUCAACAUCACCCGCACCAUCAAGCUCUCCAGCAGCCGCGGCAAGGUCGACGGCAAGGAGAGGUACGCCCUCAACGGCGUGUCCCACACCGACCCUGAGACGCCCCUCAAGCUCGCCGAGUACUUCAACGCCACCAAGGGAGUGUUCGAGUACAACCUCGUCACCGACACGCCGCCCAAGGAGGGCACACCCAUCAAGGUCGCCCCCAGCGUCAUCACCGCGGAGCACCGCACCUACAUUGAGAUUGUCUUUGAGAACCCCGAGAAGAGCAUCGACACCUUCCACCUCAACGGCUACGCCUUCUUCGCCGCCGGCAUGGGACCGGGGCUAUGGACGGUGGAGAGCAGGAAGACAUACAACCUCCUGGACACGGUGAGCCGGCACACGAUCCAGGUGUACCCGAGGUCGUGGACGGCGGUGAUGCUGACGUUCGACAACGCCGGGAUGUGGAACUUGAGGUCCAAUCUGUGGGAGAGGUACUACCUGGGGGAGCAGCUGUACGUGAGCUGCACCUCGCCGGCCAGGUCGCUCAGGGACGAGUACAACAUGCCCGACAAUUCCCUCCGCUGCGGCAAGGUCGUCGGCAUGCCGCUGCCGCCGCCCUACACCAUCGCAUAA